GUUAUAUCCUGGCUUCCGAAAACUUUAGCUUCAUUAUCAACCAUGGGAAAAUCUAAAAAUGCAAAGCCAAACGGCAAACGGCCAGCAUGGUGCAUAUUGCCGGAUCUACUCUAUCUUGGCCCGGUGUCGGCAACAGCAAAUACGGCCUUCUCAAGAACAUCGGCAUAACACACAUUAUAUCGAUCGGAAGUCCCCAGCCUCUCAGAUUGAAGGGCUCACUUACGAGCGGCUGAGCUCGACUGACGACGAAAACUCCGACAUUGGCGAUGUUGCUACGAAGGCGUCUGCCGCGUCCGCCAUUAUCGAUGUGGCUGCCGCAUCUAGCGGCAGAGUCUUGGCACACUACUCCGCGGCCAUUUCCCGAUUGCCCACCACCGUCGCAGCCUAUCUCUAGAGUCUUCAGGGAGUUUGUAACUUAAAUGGAUGACGCC